AAUAUCUGUGCACUCCAUUUUUCUCUAUCAAAUAAGAUCUUAUCUCUCUGCGUGUGAUGCUAUAAAACUCAGGUUGCGUCCUUUGAUCAGAGAGUGAGCACCUUUUGCUUCCCAGUAGCCAAGUAUUUUCUAGGGCUUUCCAAUGGCUGUGCCCCUUUUCAAUCUCGCCCCUGAUUUAAUCGUCUCAAGACUCUGCCUCGGAACCAUGACGUUUGGUGAGCAAAACUCGCUGCCGGAGUCGUUUCUCCUCCUAGACAAAGCUUUCGAUUCCGGCAUUAACUUCUUCGACUCCGCAGAAAUGUACCCAGUGCCUCAGCGGGCGGAAACACAAGGGAGGAGCGAGGAGUACGUGGGCCGUUGGAUGAGAGAGAGAAAAGUUCCUCGCGACCGCGUAAUGUUAGCUACAAAGGUGACUGGGCCAUCUGGACAAAUGACUUGGAUUCGAGGUGGACCAAAGUGUCUGGAUGCAAGGAGUAUUACUGAGGCUAUUGACAGCAGUUUGUUCCGUCUGCGGACUGAUUACAUUGACCUUUAUCAAAUUCAUUGGCCUGAUCGGUAUGUUCCAAUGUUUGGAGAAACUGAAUAUGACCCAAUUAAGCAGUUUGAUUCAAUAGACAUAGAGGAACAACUUGAUGGUCUUGGUAGAGCUGUCGAUGCUGGUAAGAUCAGAUAUAUUGGGCUUAGUAAUGAAACGCCAUAUGGUAUAAUGAAGUUUCUUCACACUGCCGGAUGUGGCCCUGGCCAUCCUAAGAUAGUGUCUGUGCAGAACUCGUACCACUUACUUUGCCGAGCUUUUGAUUGUGGGAUGGCUGAAUGCUGUCAUCAUGAGAGGGUGAGCUUAUUGGCCUAUAGCCCUCUGGCAAUGGGCAUACUUUCUGGAAAGUACUUCUUACCUAACGGGGGUCCAUCUGAUGCUCGUUUGAAUCUUUUUAAAGAUAUUCAGAAGGGGAGUCCAGAUACAACCUGUCCAGCCCCAUUGUGCAAAAAGCUACUGAAGUAUGGCAAAUACUUGGCACUUAAUAUGGUGGUUGUUAUUAUUGUGGUAGAUAACGUAGCCAAUAUGUAGCAGAUUGUGAAGUGGAGAUAUUGAUGAGACAUUUUGUUCUUUUUGAAUUGUGAAGUAUUUAACUACAACUAACAUGAAAGAGAUGUGGCUCAGGAACGUUUUAGUCAAAAAGAUGGGAGAAAUACUCAUUCCUCGUAGUUUCAACUAAGUGCCAGAGCCGUUGUUAGAUUCUUUGUUCAUUUUGUCUCACCCAAAUUGCUCAAUGGGAUCACAUGGUGUGGUUUUCUUUGCCUUGUCAAAUGUUAAGCACAAAAAACUGUUAUGUUAAGUAUUUUAUGCAUGGUUACCUAAUCUUUUGCAGGCAUAUCUAGACAUUGCAGGAAAAUAUGGUCUUCAUCCUGUAUCUCUUGCAGUUGGUAUGUCAACUCUCUCUCUCUCUCUCUCUCUCUGUAUGUGUGUGUGUCUUACUGGUCUGUAAAGUCUGCAGAUUUAUUUUCUGUGGUGAAGUACUUUUAAUAUCCCUUGUUUGGGUGCAAUGUCUAGUUGUAGCUUGUUGAUCCAAUUAUUGUCCUUUAUGAUUUCUCGACUCAUUAACUAUUCUUCAUUCAGAGUUAACUCUUGCUUUCUUUGGCCAGCGUUUGUUUUGAAACACCCUCUUGUUGCCAGUGCUGUUUUUGGAGCAACAAAGUUGUGGCAGCUCCAUGAAGUCCUGGAUGCAUGCAAGGUGGAGCUUGAUCCUGAAAUUAUUGCAGCUAUUGACAAGGUUCACACAACCUACUGGAAUCCCUGCCCCUGAUGGUAGUUUUUUGUUAAAGAACUUAAUUCCUCUUUCGGGCAGUAUAGUCAUUUGUUCCUCGUCAUGUUUACGAUGAUUGUUGGACCACAGUUGAUAUGGCUUUGUCCAAGUUAAAAAGACCUGAAUCGUGAGAUUGGGAGUAUUCGGAGGAUUAAAUUUUGUUAUCUGAAUAAUUCAUUGUGUUCGGUAAACUUUACUGUAUAUGACAUUGCUCUAACUCAUUACCCA